AUGGAACUUGUUUUGUCGAAGAAUGUAAUCCCUUGCGGAAAUACAGGUGGAAUGAAUUUGGACAGAAGCGCAGAGACCGCGAGACCCCCACCGACGCGCGACAUGUCCUCUACGUUUCACUUGCCGAGAACUGCAAACAACACGCGAGAAACGUUGGAGAACUCAAGCAGCGAGUCAUCAGAUACUGAAGUAACAGAAAAGGAGAGGAGUGUAGAACACAGAAGUGACGAUGGCAACGCAGAUGACCCCAAAAAGAAGAAAGCGAGGCGACAGAGGACUCAUUUCACCAGCCAGCAGCUGCAAGAGCUCGAGGCCACCUUUCAGCGGAACCGCUACCCCGACAUGAGCAUGAGAGAGGAAAUAGCCGUGUGGACCAACCUCACCGAGGCCAGAGUCAGGGUGUGGUUCAAAAAUCGCAGGGCCAAAUGGAGGAAGCGUGAACGCAACCAGCAAAUGGACCUGUGCAAGAACAGCUACCUGCCCCAGUUCAGUGGCCUCAUGCAGCCCUACGACGACAUGUAUCCCGCCUACACCUACAACAACUGGACUAACAAAGGACUGACCCCGGCUAAUCUGUCCACAAAGAACUUCGCCUUUUUCAACUCAAUGAGCCCACUCACAUCCCAGUCAAUGUUCUCAGCUCCUAACUCCAUCUCCUCUAUGACUAUGGCCGGAGGUAUGGGCCACUCGGCUGUACCGGGAAUGCAAACUGCGGGCCUGAACAACAUCAGCAAUUUUAACGGCAUCGGCACCGCUACAAUCAACUCAGCCAUGUCCUCGUCGUCCUGUCCGUAUGGGCCUCCCGGUUCCCCGUACAGCGUAUACAGAGACACAUGUAACUCUAGCCUUGCGACCCUGAGACUGAAAUCGAAACAGCACCCAACUUUUGGAUACAGUGGGUUGCAAAGUCCCGGGUCUAGCCUUAAUGCCUGUCAAUACAACAGCUGACGUAUCAGCCGUGGUGAAAAUAAUUUGCGGACAGCUCUAAGCCUAGUAGCCUAGCCUACCUGCGAAUGGAGCGAAAGACAACUAAACUGGAUUAGUUGCAAUCAUUUAUUUUUCAAAUGAAUUAUGCGGUUUGUGGCCUAUGUGUUUACCAAUUAACUUGUAGGCUACAACAAUUUACAUGUCCAUGUUUUUGGGAUAUAAAAGUGAUGAUGAAGACGUGUUAAGUUGCAACAUUAUACAUUAGCCUACAUAAGAAACAGACAAAGGGACUCCUAUGCAUGUUCGCUUACUUGCUUUGAGGGCUCAAACCCAUUUGAACGUGACUUGUAUUGGUCGAGGCCAGCGUUUCUCAAACUCGGUCCUGGGGACCCCAAGGAGUGCACGUUUAGUUUUUUGCCCUAGCACUACACAGCUGAUUCAAAUAUUCAACCAAAACCCCCUUGGUGUCCUGAGGACCGAGUUUGGUCAACGCUGGCCUAGGCCCUGUACUCUUGGUCUGGGAUUAGAAACAGUUUGGUAAACGCUGGCCUAAACCUGUACUCUUCGUCUUGGACUAGAAACAGUUUGGUAAACGCUGGCCCAAACCCUGUACUCUUGGUCUUGGAUUAGAAACAAAAAAGUGCAACACAUAUAACUAGACAUAUCCGGACUCUGUAGAAGAACAAUUGUAUUGUACAUAGCUUAGACUUUUGUUAUGCUCAUGUGCUUUACCGUUUAUGCAGGGGGGGCCACUGGUCCACCCAAUUGUGUCCUGUUUCUGACGCGUGACUUUACUUUUAAAUGCUCUGUCUGGAGUAUUUUCGUUUUAUUUGUUUGCUAAAAUAGAAAUUCUGCAUUUUUAACUUGGGUGCAAAGUGUUUUGUACGAGUUGAUAAUAAUGUAAGAUAAAGCAAAGUCCAUUAUACUGUAUUCAAA